CGUUCCGGCGCUGUGUAACUCAACGAGUUGUCUGAGGGCUCUGGUGCAAGCCAGGCGGGAGGAGGAGGCGACCGAGGCCGGGUGCUGGAGCUGGGCAUGUCGGAAGUUGGAAACGGCUGAAGAAAAACUCUGACGGUCGUCCCGAGCAGAAGCUUGGUGCAGUUGAGUGCUGCGGCAGUAAGAUCCAUCGAACAUUGAGCUCCAACAUGUGGGGAUUGGUGAGUGUGGGUUUAGUCACCACCGGCGUCACUCUAGUGGCAGCACCAGUGGUUGUUCCGGCCCUCGUGAAAACUCUUGGAUUCACGAGUGAGGGUAUCGCCCCAGGGAGCUGGGCAGCGGGAUACAUGGCGUCGUAUGGAGGAUUAGUGGGUGCAGGUAGUACCUGCGCUGUUCUUCAGAGUAUUGGAGUGACGGGCACUUUGGCAGGGGCUGGUGUGCUGGCCGCAGUGGGAGUAGCUGCAGCUGGAUUGGGAGUCGUCAUCGAGCGCGUCCAACCUCAAUAGCUCUCAUUGCUUCACUGCUUCUAAACGUAAUUUGCUUGGGAGAAACGAUUGAACUAAGUGGAUGAUUCCUUCGUGUUUCAUAACUCGACCACUAUAAUCCUUGUAUGUUGUCAAUUCGCCAUUGAGGAGAAACAUAACAUUCAGUUUUGAACGGAUGAGCAGAGGAGUGCUUUAAAACAUGAACGUGAAUUUCCUUCAAGGAAGCAUCGAUGCAAAUGGCUUAAUUAUCUGAAUGAAAC